UAAAGGCCCUGAGACAGACUGACAGACAGACCUGCAACCAGCGUUUGUUUGUCUGUUAUUUUCAACCGUUGUCAUCAGGUGGUGGCUUGGGCAAACAACACAUACAGAAGGACAGCCUUUGGGAACUGUGGGAGCAAAGACUGUUAUUUAUCCCCUUCUGAUUGUUGCCUAUUGGUGCUUCUUUGUUUGCGGAGUGCUAAUUUUAGUAUUAUCCUUGUCUCUUCUAGAUGUCGUUUUAGAAAGCAAAUCCACCAGCUCCUGUGUGGUUUUGGUUUGGCGCUGAAUUGGUUCAUAUUUUUUACCGGUUUGAAUUGAAGUGCCAGUCGUGGUCCGUCACAAUGUGUGGCGCUGCAGGGUUAAAGUCGGGGACAGGGUUCGGGUCGGAGUUGCGGCUGUUGCUGUUGCUGUGUUGCACAGCGGCGUGUGUGUCCGGGGCAAGAAGAGAGUUUUUUAUCAGGAUAGAGGAAACACAGUGGAAUUACGCUCCAUCUGGGAUGAACCUCAUAAAAAACCUCACACUGCAGCAGGACAAAGAAGCCUCGGUCUUUAUGGCGCGUGGUCCCCAGCGAAUCGGUUCCAUCUAUAAGAAAGCUGUGUAUAAGCAGUACAGUGACGCCACUUACAGGACGGAGGUGGUGAAACCACAAUGGAUGGGUUACCUGGGACCCCUGAUAUCAGCUGAGGAGGGAGACACAGUAGUGGUUCAUCUGAGGAAUAUAGCAUCCAGACCUUACAGCAUACAUCCCCAUGGACUCAAUUACAGCAAGAGCAAUGAAGGAGCCCUGUAUCCUGACGGAACCGGUCCGGAGCAAAAACAUGAUGAUUCAGUGGCUCCUGGGAAAACCUUAACAUAUGUGUGGACCCUGCCGGUGUCCCACAGCCCUGCAGCAGAGGACAGUAACUGUAUCACCAGAUUUUACCACUCUCACGUCAUGGCCAACAUGGACAUCGCCUCAGGACUGAUAGGACCAAUUGUCACCUGUAAGCGAGGAACUCUGGAUGUACAUGGAGACAAGACAGCAGACUACCUGUACGUUCUGCUCUUCAUGGUAUCAGAUGAGAACUCAAGCUGGUACCUAGACGACAACAUCAGGGCGUACAUCACCAGCCCCGCCACAAACCUGAAGGAGGACGAGGAUUUUAUAGAAAGUAACAAGAUGCAUGGUAUAAAUGGUUUUGUGUACGGUAACCUGCCUGGACUGAGCAUGUGCCAAGGCAACAAGAUCCAUUGGCAUUUGAUUGGCAUGGGCAAUGAGGUGGACAUCCAUUCGGUACACUUCCACGGCCAGAUCCUGACCAAUCAGAAAUACCAUACAGAUACGGUCAGCCUUUCCCCCGCCUCCUCCACAGCUGUAGAAAUGAUUGCUGACAACCCUGGAAACUGGUUGUUGUCAUGUUCCAUCAACGAUCACCUAACGGCGGGUAUGGACGCUAUAUUUGAGAUCAAGAAGUGUUUUCCUAACGUCCAUAAGCCACGCCCACAUGGUGAGCUGAGAGAGUUCUUCAUCGCUGCUGAAGAGGAGGUCUGGGACUAUGCUCCUACACAGCCCUCUGAUGGUGAGGCUGAAAGGUAUAUUACUAAAGGUCCAAACCGUAUUGGAAGUCGCUAUAAAAAGGUUCGCUAUGUAGAAUACGUGGACGGCACCUUUAUCACUAAGAUGCUACGCAGCCCGGAGGAGCAACAUCUUGGAAUCCUGGGCCCAGUGCUGCGUGCUGAGGAGACAGACACUAUAAGGGUGGUUUUUAAGAACAAGGCCAGUCGGCCUUACAGUAUACAACCACACGGUGUCCAGUAUAGCAUCGAACAAGAUGGAACGCUCUAUCACAAUGAACUGGAAGAGUCCUACACAGAAAAGAAACUGCGUGAGCUGAAGAGACUACCCAAGAUUGUAACACCUCCUCCAGCUGCUCUGGUCCAACCGGGGACUGUGUACACCUAUGAGUGGGUGGUACCCGUGGGUGCCGGUCCAGUGGACGGGGAGGCAGACUGUCUGAAUUAUCUCUAUUACUCUGGAGUGGACCAAGUGAAAGAUACCAACUCGGGACUGGUUGGACCUUUGCUCGUCUGUAGACCCAGAGCGCUGAAGAAAGGGGCACAGAAGAACUAUGACAAGGAGUUCCAUCUUUUGGCCACAGUGUUUGAUGAGAACCUCAGUUGGUAUCUGGAUGACAACAUCAAGGCCUACACCACUGCCCCCACUACUGUUGACAAAGAUGAUGAGAACUUUAUGGAGAGCAACAAGAUGCACGCUAUCAACGGCUAUGUGUAUAGGAACCUUCCAGGCCUGUCUAUGUGUAAAGGGAACAAAGUAACGUGGCACCUGUCAGGACUCGGAUCGGAGACGGACAUCCACGGUCUCUAUUUCCAUGGCAACCGUUUCCUCUAUCACCAGACCCGACGGGACAGCAUCAGUGUCUUCCCGCAUGUCUCCCACACAGUCACAAUGGAGCCAGACAGCAUGGGUCAGUUUGAAGUGGUUUCCACUACAGUGAACGACUAUCAGGGCGGCAUGCGAGCUAACUAUUCAGUGCAGAAAUGCAGCGUGUUUCAGCGUCAGGGUGAGACCAUGCUCCAUUCUAAAACGUACUAUGUCGCUGCAAUGGAAAUGGACUGGGACUACUCUCCGAACCGAACCUGGGAGACUGGGCUGUACCAUACGCUGACUAAUAGUCCUGGUAGAGUCUUUUUAGACAAGCAGGACGGGUUUAUAGGGUCUCGCUAUAAGAAAGUGGUCUACCGCCAGUUCACCAAUGACAAGUUCACAACGCAGGUGGCGAGACCAGCUGAUAUGGAACACCUUGGAAUUAUGGGUCCAAUGAUCCAUGCUGAUGUGGGGGAUAGGGUGAAGGUGGUUUUCAAGAACAUGGCUUCCCGGCCUUAUUCCAUCCAUGCCCAUGGAGUCAAGACAGAAAGCCCAGAUGUCUUCCACACACCACCUGGUCAGACCCAUACUUACACUUGGUAUGUCACGAAGACAGCGGGACCAACCCCCGAGCAAGAGGAGUGUUCUGUUGGGGCAUACUACUCUACCGUUGAUGUUGUUAAGGAUCUGUACAGUGGUUUGGUUGGUCCAUUGGUAAUCUGUCGCCGUAGCUGGGCCAGGUCGUUUGGUCUGAAGAAGGAGGUCGAGGAGUUUGCUCUGCUUUUCUUGGUGUUUGACGAGAACGAGAGCUGGUAUCUUGAUGAGAACAUCAGGACCAACAUCAGGAACCCUUCCAGAAAUCUGAAGGAAGAUGAAGCCUUUAUUGAGAGUAACAAGAUGCAUGGAAUUAAUGGCUUAGUGUAUAGUAACCUGGUUGGUCUGAACAUGGAGGUGGGUGAUAAGGUGUACUGGUAUCUGAUGGGAAUGGGUAAUGACGUGGACAUGCACACUGUGCACUGGCACGGCCACACCGUGGAAUAUAAGCUGGGUGGAGGUCGUCAUCAUACUGAUGUCUUUGAACUGUUUCCAGCCACUUUCCAGACGGUGAAGAUGCGUCCUCAGUUUGCUGGUACCUGGUUUCUCCACUGUCACGUCUCUGAUCACAUCUCAGCUGGCAUGGUGACCCUUUACACUGUGACUGAAAAAGGAAAUCGGGGAGGGUUCUUUGGCUAAACGCACACACACACACACACACACACACACAUACUGGAUAAUAAAAGUGACUUCGCAUUU